CGAACAUUCUUUUAACUUCACGGUUCUCGUUGACCAAAUCCCACAAAAACAUGGACGAAAUUCCAAUCAAAUCCGAAGACAAACAAACCCACGAUCGAGAUUUUCCGAACAUCAAUCUCCGGCUUCUAGACCUCUCCGAUAUCGACGAUUACAUGGUCUGGGCUAACGACGACAAAGCCAACCGAUUCUGCUCGUCGGAUCCCCACGCAUCAAAAGAAGUUGCCUUGAACCAUAUGGUCAAUGUCAUAAUCCCCCACCCUUGGUUCAGAGCAAUCUGCAUCGACGACCGCCCGAUCGGGGCAAUUUCUGUUACUCCGAACAAGGGAAGUAACAGUUGCAGGGGGGAAAUUGGGUAUGUUUUGGGGUCGAAGUAUUGGGGCAAAGGGAUUGCCACUAGGGCUGUGAAAAUGGUUGCUGCUGCAAUAUUUACCGAGUGGCCUCAUUUGGAGAGGCUUGAGGGUAUAGUUGACGUUGAUAAUAUAGGGUCACAAAAGGUGUUGGAGAAAGCUGGGUUUCAGAGGGAAGGUGUUUUGAGAAAGUAUUUUAUCCAGAAGGGGAGAGUUAGGGAUGCGGUUAUGUUUAGCCUUCUCUCCACUGAUCCCCAAUGAAUUACUUGCUCCGUUCAAUUGUCGGGAAUGUUGUAUGAAAAAUUUGUCGGGAAUUAUUGUUUUUGCUUGGGAUAUGAUCUUUUAGCAUGUGUUUGCAGAAUAAUGUGGUAGUAAUAUUUUUGUAACUGCAAUGCGUCAAAGUUGUCAAACUUCGAUUUCUAAUGAAUCGACAACAUCAUUCAUUA